AUGCCACCGGAGAACUUGCUUCUGUUUUACGCAAACGCUCGCCCCACUCUGCAUCGCUUCCGUAGCUUCCCGUCACCCAUGCUCCAGGUCCUGGACUGUGUCUUUGACAGCGGACUGCGCGAUGUGGAAUUGCAUGGGAUGGGUCCUCUGGGAACAGAG